AUGUCUUUCUCGGCUCUUCCCAUUCCAGUCAAAAAUGUCAAGGAGAAGACUGAGAAGCCGAAAGUGGCAGUUCGGAAGGAUAGAUGGAAAGUCCUUCAAAAAGCCGGUACACAUGUACUACCUAUUAUGAUCACUAUUACUUUAUUGUUCUUGAAUGGGUAUAACACAUACGCGAACUCGUUGGGUAUUGCUGACGCAAAAGUAAAUACUCGGCUCAAUGGACUGCAAUUCGUGGCCAAAGUCCACGAGAUACUUAUCGGGAUUUCUUUGUCAACAAUUAUAUUGUCUUUUUUACAGCAUGAAGCUUUACGUCAAGGAAUACCCCUUGGGGGAUUUCUCAUUGCUUUCAGAAUCACCGAUCUUGGGUCGCUUGUCAGCCCGGAGUUGUGGGCUGCAGGUACAUUUGGACAUCAUUUCAAGCGUCGCUUGUUAUUUAUUGUCAUGUCACUCUUUGCUAUGAUCCUAGCUGCUGUCUCUGGACCUGCGUCUGCAAUAUUGAUGUUGCCAUCUUUGGACUGGUGGAUUGUCCCAACGACAAAAUAUUCGUCCUGGUCUACUACCCAUUUUACCCUAAACGCAGAAAAGUCUCAAGUUUGGCCUAAACAAGUCGAUAAUUCGAGCUUUGAUACGUUCUGCGCUUCCGAGUCUAACAAAUUCUCAGACAAUUGCGCAGCAGGUGGCUUCUCGGCAAUCCGGGCAUGGGUUGACAGACCCAGUUCACAAGAAUCACAGUAUUCGUGGAACAUUACCAUGCCAAUGAACUCAAAACAAGCUUCCUACAAUCGAUUCAUUGGUGGCGCAUCAAGCUUUCAAAGAGAUCUAAAGAUGGAUGGCUUCUAUAAUACAUAUACUUGGUGUUUGAGUCAAACUGUAUCUGUACCAACAGGCUCACUUGUCACAUCAGUUGCCCAGAUGGUGGGGUCACAAAAUGAAACAUCCAGAUUUCAAGCAUUGAUUAACGGCGAAGAUCCUCCUGCACCACAGGUAGUUGCAGCUUGCAUGGGCAGGGACUAUAACAUAACAAAUGGAUCAAUCAAAGGAUACAAGACGCUCGAUGAUCUACCGCUGCCAUUCUUAAACAGAGAUACGUCUCAGGGUAGAUAUGAGCAGUCAGAAGUUCGACAUGCACUUCAGAUGUGGGAUAGCGCUCGGGGAGGACCCUCAGCGACAUGGAUGCAGCCUAAAAAUAAGACUGCCAACUCACCAUCCAUAGGGGUCGUAAUGUUUGAUCGUUAUCAAGGGGGUUUAGGUGUGCAGAAUAACCUUACUUCCAUUACUAAUAGACAGAGUUGGUACCUUGUUCGCAUUUCCUCGUGUUCCUUGUUCGCUGGGUGGCAGGCGUCUAAACUCUACAUUGACCCCACAAGAGAUAGGUAUAUCCAUUCACCUAGCACCACCAAUCCAACACAGAGUCUUGAUAAUUGGAUGCGAGAUUUUACUGAUUCAACGAAAACCAUGCGUACAGUGCAAAUCGAUGCCAAGUGGGCAAAUGCUGCCUUGCCACCAAAUGAUAUAAUAUUGCCUCUGGCAUCUUCUUCAUUUGGUACCAACAACGAUAAUCCAUUAGGCAUGAUAGCGACAACUUUCAUUUCAGAUACAAUGUCAAGGAUUCCAUACAUGAUGAACAUAGGUUUCAAAGUCUUGAUUCCUACGGUGGCACCGAACCAUAACUUUACUACUUUAUCCGAUGUUCCCAAAGAAGUUACAGAUAUCCACAUUAAGCGCUUCCGUUAUGGCUACAGUUACUCUCUCCAAGGCUCUACGAGAAGUUUGGCAGUAUUCAUUCUUGUUCUACACAUGUUAUUAGCCCUAAUACAUGCGGUGCUCAUUUAUUGGCACGGAUACACAAACAAUAUCCUCGAGUCACUUACUGAGAUCCUCGCACUUGCAAUCAACUCUCCGCCAUCAUCGAAUCUUGAUAAUACAUGUGCUGGAAUUGAGAGGGUCAAUACAUACAAAAAGAUUAUAAGAGUCCGAGAGGUAUCUUCCUCGCAUUUGGGAUUGAUUGUUGGUGAUGACGGUGAUAUUACCACUGAAGAGGUGAUGGCGGAUAAGAAGUAUGGAUGUCUACGAGAGGAGUGA